ACCAUGGAAGAAGGAAAAACUCUCUCUCAUUCUGAAUGUAAAAUGACAGAAGCCACACCCAUUGAGCGCAUGAAUAAAGACUUGCCGUUCCUGGCUGAUGAAAAAUUUGACUUUGACCUUUCACUGUCUCCUGCAAGUGAAAAUGAGGAUGAAGUUUUUGUUGGACCGAUGGGCCACAAAGAGAAAUGUAUUGCUGUGUCUCUUGAGUCCCAGGAAGGGACUGAAGAUAAAAUUCCACCACCAGGGGAUGAAAUAACAUGGAGCCCGCUUGCUGGAGAGAAAUUUGUGGAAAUUUUCAAAGAAGCUCAUCUGGUAGCGCUCCAGCUACAAAGUGGGAGCAAAGCAAAAAGAAACAAUCCUGGCCAGCUUGAAGGAAGGAAGACAGAAACUGUUGACAAAUUUGUGCAAGAAUCAAAGACGAAACUGAAAAUCCUCCAGAAAGGAAUAGUAAUGGAUAAAACCCCCAAGGAGAUUAAGAGAGAGACUUACUGUGUCUGGGAAAGCCCAGUCUGCCAACUGCCACCUUCAGUUCAGAAACAUUCAGUGCAACCUUUCACAGUAAUGGGCAAUUCUCAUUCUCCACAAACACCGCUAAACACAUCUAGUCCGAGUAAAGUGAAUAAAUUACCCCAAACAUUCAUUACGCCUUUAGCCCAAGGAAAGAGUGAUAAAAAAGCAAGUGCAUUCCAGAAUGGGAAACAUUCAUCUGCAUUUGGAAAUAACAAUUGCUUAGCUGUAGAACAGCAAAAACAAGGGAAACUACCUAGUCCUUCCAGCAGGGAUCCUUUGAACAGUAUGGGGUCGUCUCAAGAUUUGCUCUCUGACAAAUCAAGUAUUGCUUCAGAUGCAGGAGACUUGUCAUUCUGUAACAGUUCAUCGGUACAAGACAAGAGAACUCUUCCUACUCCCAGCAAGUUGGGGAUAAAGACAAGGCAACUGAAACCUCCCAGUAAUGUCCACAUGCGAAGAAACACUUCGUCUUCAUCAUCAUCCUCCGUUUCUAGCAUGAACUCAAGUUUGAAUUCAAGUCUCUCCAUCUCUCCUAAAAGAGGCAAAGUUCAAACCACUGUUCCUUCAAAAGCUUCUGCAAACAGUUCCAGGUUCUCUAUAAGCAAGACGUCUGUGGUAAGACCCAUGAAAGGGGUGUCAGUGGCGUCCCAUUCUGAUGCAUCUGGAAAGCAACAAAGAUCGACAAGUGUUACUAAAGGAAGUCCUUUGGUCCAUGCACCCAAAUAUAAAGCUACUCAUGUGUCUGAGACUUCAGGCAGUGGGAUUCCGAAAGAGCGCCCAGAUCCUAGUCUUCAGAAACUGUUACAGAAAAGUAUAGUUGGAAAUGUAAGAGCAUGUUCAAGUCCCAAACUCAGAACAAAAACAGUGCCUCCAGUUUCAACCAAGGAAGAUAUACUUUCAGAAAAUGUAGCUGCCAGAGUACUGCAAUCAGUUGGGUUGUCAUCCUGUGGCAAUAUUGGAAGCAAUGUUGCAGUUACCCCACCUGCCAGACGAUCAGAAGAUGGGAUAUUGUCAAAUUGCUGUUCUGCUGUAAAGUCUACUUUACGGACUCCAGCCAGCACAAGGCAUUCUGCAUUGCCUACACCUGUUGGUCGCCGUAUGUCAGGAAUUCCAAUGUUGACCCCCAAAACUGUGCCCAGAUUGAUGUCUUCUCCCAAACUUGGAGCUCCACGACAAGUCUCCAGUGUGUCUUCCAAAAAGACUCCAGCAGCUAGUUCUAAAUGGGUGAAGGAGAGAAAGACACAGGUGACUUCUAACUCAUCUUCGACAGAAGAAGACUUAUCUCCUCCACGAGUUGUACCAAUUGUACUUGAUUUUUCACCAGAGCAGGCUUCUGUAGAAAUACAGCACAGUUUGACUCUAAAAGAGAAACCAGCUCAAGAAACACCAGCUAAGGAGAGCUUACUGAUAGACAUUGGAAUAGAUAAAACACCAGUUGUCCUCCAGGAAUGUGAAAACAAACCUCUCAUUGAUCUCUUCAAUACUCCUGAAAUUAUUAAAGCUCCUCCACUGAAACCUACAGGACAGCUAAUAGAUCUGAGCUCUCCUCUUAUCAGACUUAGUCCUGAAGGAAAUAAAGAGAACCUGGAUUCUCCUCUGCUGAAAUUCUGAUCUCUUGAACAACCUCUCAAAUUGGAAGGAUUUCUGUGUGUUCAGCAACUGGUGUGUUUCACUGGGCAGUGGGUGUAAUAAGUGGGAAAAGACUUGAAAUUGCAUGAAAUUUGAACUGUGAACCUCUGAUAAAUGAGAUUAAAUUGAAUUGUAAAAUUGUGCAAAACAAAUUGCAGAAGUUUGUCAAAUGUUGUAAGCUAUAAUAAAGUAAUAAAUUUUAUAUCAA